AUAAAAAUUAAAUUUAUUAAGAAGAAAAUUGUGCAAAACUUUAUGUGGAUUUAAAUUAGCCAAUAAUGAAAAAAGUUAUUGGUUUUCCUAAAAAUUGAGUCAUAUUUAAUUCAGAAAAAAAAUCUUCAAAAUGCAAUGUGUUGUCUUUAAUUAAUAUGUUCUUCUUCACUCUUUAAGGAAUUGAUGAAUUUUAUUGUUGAUUUUGCAUAGGUUUAAUUUGGCAAAUGGUCUAGUAUUUCAAAUUAAAUUGGAGGUGGGUUUGAUUUUGGUGUAUUUUGACAAAAUCUGCAAAACAUCUCUACACACAGAAUUAAUAACACUGAAAGGGAUGGAGUGGAUUCUCAUCAUAUUGUUUUUUCUUAAUUUAAAUACUUUAAAAAAAUUAACUAUCAACAAAUUUUUCUCCAGUUUGGUAUUCUCUAUCUACAUAAAUAUUAGAUUUUAGAAGUAGGGAGCAUCAUAUGUUCUCCCAUGUCGCAUUUUUGUGUCAGUACAUUUAUACAAAAGUCACACAAUUUGUAUUUCAUUGUCAUUUUUAUAAGAUAUAAUAAGUAUGUAAUUUUUAUUAUCAAAGAAAUCAAGCAAAAAUGAGUAAUGAUGAAGAAAAUCUGGAAUAUCCACCAUUGAUACAAAGAGAAUUUCAAAAAGUAAACAAUGCAUUGAGGGAGGAAACCUUUAGAGUUUUUCAAUGGAAUGUUUUGGCUGAUGGACUUUCCAUAUCAUCAGUCACUGAAAAUUUUUGUGCUACUCCUCCACAGUGUCUAAAAUGGCAGUACCGGAAGAGGUUACUACUAAACGAGAUACUUUCAGCAAAUGCAGAUGUUGUGUGUUUAGAAGAAGUUGAUCAUUUUGAUGAUUUCUUUGCACCAGAACUAAAAACUGCAGGAUACGAAGGAUUUUUUGUUCUUAAAAGAGAUUCACCUUGCCUUAGGUUUCCUGGAAAUAAUGGUCCUGAUGGAGUUGCCAUUUUUUACAGAAGAAACAAAUACGUACUAGUUGAACAAAUUACUGAGUAUUUGGAAGAAGAAGACGGCAAAAAGGGUCAGCAAGGUUUUUUGGGUUUAGUGUUAAAAGAUAUAAAUUUAAAGAAGUUUAUAUUUUUUGUUUGCUCUCACUUAAAAGCAAAAAAGGGAUUCGAACCUCGAAGAUUAGCACAGACAAAAAGUGCUGUUGCAAUCAUUGAAUCAAUUCAACAAAAGUAUGAGAACGAUCUGUUGUUAAUUUGGUGUGGUGAUUUCAAUGGUCAGUCACAUGAACCGUUCCACAACUAUAUUAGAACAUCAAACCUUCAACUAUGCAGUGCAUAUGCAGCUGCACUGGGUGACGAGCCAGCAUUUACUACAUGGAAAAUCAGACCAACUGGUGAAGGAAAGGCUAGUAUUGAUUAUAUUUGGUAUUCUUACAACACGCUGAAAGUUGCUCAAGUACUUAAACCUAUGGAAGAUGUUAAUGUUCCUCCAACUCGUUUUCCUUCUCUCAACCAUGGAUCUGACCAUAUAGCUUUGUGUGUAGACUUCAGCUUUUAAUAUAAUUGUAUUUGUUAGAUGAACAUUUUAUAUAUAUGCUUAUAUUACUUGUAAUAAAAAUUUUAUUUUAUAAUGUUUCCUAAUUUUAAAACAUUUUUAUAUAUGUUUAAAAAAAACUGUGGGAGAAGUAAUUUACUGUACUGAGUUGAUGUCUUCCAGAUACCAUAGCAUGACCUAAUUUUCUUGCUUAAGUUAAAUUAUAUAUGGUAGGAUUUUGUGCUGAUAAGGUGAGUAAGUGUAAAAAUUUAAACAGCCAUGUUAUUACUAUUGUCUUAUUAUUUCAAAUCAAUCCUGAAAAUUUGAUUUAUAGGUAGCAUUAAAAAUUUAAAUGUGCCCUUUUCUAGUUUUUUAUAUAGAAAUACAACUACCCAGUUGCAAGCAGGAAGCAAAACAUUUUGGCGCAAGAGAUAUCUGAUUAUAUGUAACUUGUAUAUCUAAUAUAUCUAAUUAUUUAAAAUUAAUAUUCAAAUAGUUGACUAACUUCAUGCUAUUGUACGCUAUAAUAUAUAUGAUUAAUAUGAUUAAUAUAUAUGGUUUAUUUUUUUUUUUUUACACCUUUUGUAAAUUAUAAUAAUAUGGUCGUAGUUAAUGUCA